AUGCACUUACACGGGCGGAACAAAGAACCCCAGAGCAGUGCGAGUUCACGCAAGCUCCCUCACCACAGUUCUGAAGACAGUGAAGUCCACAAGCUGCCCUCAAGCGCUGCCUACAACUGUGUUCCCUAUCUACCAUAUUAUCUAAUUGGUUUAAUUUUCUUACAAACGGCUUUUGGUUUGAUUGAAUUAUCGCACCCAGAUAACUCCAUACCAGUGAACCGGUUCGUAACUCCGCGUUGGUUCCUGAAGUGGACUGAUAGAAAACCACCUGUAAUGACUGAAAACACAGUUCACGACUGUGCCGCGAGACGUGUGUGCGCGGCAGCCCAGCGCUAUUCGCCGUUCAGACUUACUCCAGGCUCCACUCUCCGAGGUGCCACUAGUUCCCUUCAGUUUGAGUUCCCUGUCGGCGAACUCUUCUUGGUUCUUUGCCCAUCGUGUUUGAUCGACCUCUGUGCGAGAACGCUCUCUGUGCCUCUCCGCGCCGUCCAUUGCCCUCUUCUCUCUUUCUGCCCCCCCGUCGGUCCGUCAGAGAGCUCGCUCGUGUAG